CCCCACGAAGCUCUCUCCGCUCCGCGCUGCCUGGGCAGCCCGCACAAUCACGCUGCGUGGUUGCUGCCGGGUGACUCGGGCUGGGCCGGUCCCCUGCCUGCCCGCCCCUGGCACUCACUCGCGCUGGCCUUCGCGGAGGCCCCGCCGCGCCAUGCCGGGCCUGCUGAGCCGCCCCCGGCGGGGGUCGCUCCGGGCCAGGCCGUGCGGGGGCGGGGAGGCGCUGCCUGUAUGACCCCCCGGCGGCGCGGGGAAAAGGCGACCAUUUGCAUCCAGGAGCACGUGGCCAUCGACGUGUGCCCCGGCCCCAUCCGCCCCAUCCAGCAGGUCUCUGGCUACUUCCCCCACUUCCCGCGGGACCUGCCCCAUGACGCCCCCGCGCGCCCAGCCACUGCCAGCGCCGGCCGCCGCCGCCCCUCUGACGGCGCCCGCGACGACGACAAGGAUGGCGACCAUCUCUUCGGAAGCCUAACGAUCCAGCACAGGUCCCAGCCCUGCGCAGCCGCCCGCCAAGCCGCCAGAGGACCAGCCGAACGCCAAAGGCUAGGAGUGGACGAUUGCAGGUACAGUUCAGUCAUGCUCAGUACCUUCUACCUUCACACUGUGUGCAACCCAUCUCCAGAAGCCUCUUCAUCCUGCAAAAUUGAAACUGGACCCAUUAAACAACAGCUCCCCAUUCGUCCUCCCCCGGCCCCUGGCAACCGCCUUUCUGCUUCCUUCUCCAUGGAUGUGACUGUUCUAGGAACCUCAUAUAAGUGAAAUCACCCAGUAUCUGUGCUUUUGUGUCUACCUCCUUUCAGUCGGCAGAAUGUCUUCAGGCUUCAUCCAUACUGCAGCCCGUGUCAAAACUUCCUUUUUCAGGCUGAAUGAUACUUGAGAAUCAGAAUCUCCUCUCCUGAACACUUCACCAGCAACAGCAUCUGAGAGGCCCAGGGAGGGGCAGGGCUGGGGUUUGGGGGAGAGGCUCUCCUCUCAAAGCCAGAUGCCCCCCCAUCUAUCCCCUCAGUGCCAGCACCAGCCAGGGCCUCCUCUCAUGGCUCACUCCUCCUGUCCCUCCUGUGGGAGCCGCCCCUAAACCAUGGGGUCAGUUUCUGCCUCUUGCCAACUCACUAGCUGGGGAGGGUCUAUCCAAGAGCCCCACUAACAGCUCCCUGACCUGGAAUCAGCCUCCUGCCCUCCCCCUUCUGUGGACAGAGGUCAGACUCCAUGGGAGGGCAGCCCCACAGAGGGCUGGGUGGAGGCACUGGUGGGAACCCGGGGUCAGGGCCAGGGAAGCCACCUGUUUGGGCACAGAAGCUGUUGGCAGCACGGUGACACGGCCUCAGGCAGUGCCCACUGGUCUUUUUGCUUCUGGCCAAAUGUGUGGCUGUUCAGGGUGCUCAGGGGCCUGCCGGGUGAAGGAGAGGAGAGGCAGCAGCAGAGGGCCCAUCACAGUCCAGGGGUCAGAAGGACAGAGCAGGCAUCACUCCGUCCCAGUGUGGCAGCACCCCCAGCCUAGCCCCCACGGGUGUCUUGGGGUACAGAGGUGGGACAACCAGAGCCACUGGACAGACAUGCCAAAACUUCUGGUGGCCCAAAGAUAUGCAAGUGAAAUGUGUCAAGAGACAGGACCCAGUGAAAACAUUUUGAGCUGCAACGAACAAAUGUAUACGAAUUGUAAGAAUAAGACACAGUGGUCAGGGACCCCCUGCACAGGGUGGGCCACCAGAUUCCCAGAACUCUGCACUCCAGGCACGUGGUGGGAAAGGCAAGAGGCCAGGGUGAGGGAGUUGGGUUUGGAAGAGCAGCCAUGUCACUGUGGGUGCACAUGGGGCUACUGAGCCAGGCCCUGUCCCAGAGGCAGCCCCACAGUGCAGGGCACAGCUCACGUAUGCCCACCUGACCUCAGCCACUUCUCUGGCAUCUCACAGGGGCCUGGCGUGCAGGGAAGGGGAGGAAACGCUCUGCCUGCCAGGCCCUGUGUCCACGUCAUCUCCCUCCCUCUCACUCCAGCCCUGGGAAGAUGGGACUCUUACAUCCUUGCCCGUUUUUUUUUUUUUUUUUUUUAAUUUUGAGAAACGGUUUCAGUCUGUUGCCCAGACUGGAGUGCAGUGGCACGAUCAUGGCUCACUGCAGCCUCUGCCUCCUGGGUUCAAGCAGUCCUCCUCCCUUAGCCUCCCUAAUAGCUGGGACCACAGGCAUGUGCCACCACACCCAGCUAAUUUUUAAAGUUUUUGUAGAGACGGUGUCUCACUAUGUUGCCCAGGCUGGUCUUGAACUCCUGGACUCAUGGGCUGGGAUUACAGGUGUGAGCCACUGCGCCCGGCUGAGGCGCAGAUGAUGAUAAAGCUGAGGCUUCGGGUGAAAAGUACUCAUCCACUUCCUAGCGAGUGAUUACAGGGGCUGAGCCCAGAAACCAUGCCAGCCAGGCCCCCAAACUUCUGCCCUCUUCCAGUGGCAGAGAAGUAGGUGGUUGGGAGCCCCCCGAUCCCCCGGAGCUCUGCCAAACCAAGGUGGGAGUCGGCCUGGGAGGGAGACUCAGCCUCCCCUUGGAGAUGAGCCUGGUGUGAGCAGCCAGGCUGCCUCCCUGACCCGGCUGGGUAGAGGCCUUGCGGUGCAUCUUUGAAUAAUGUUCUGGGGUGACCGGCUGCGCCCCACAGAUGUCACAGCUGCCUCCCUACAGCCCUGUGCUCCAGCCCAGAAGAAAAAAAAAUGCAGUUUUCCGAAACAAGAGCCUGCUGAGGUCAGCGAAGCCCCUAUCUGCCCAUCCUUCUGUGUGUCCCUGGGUCUGCACGCUUGGCUGGGUUUUCUGAAGGAACGGAAGGCAGAGUGAGUGAGGGGCGCCGUCUUGUGGAGGAACCCUCUGUGGCCGAUCAGCUUGUGUGACCUCUGUGGACUGACUGGGAGUUGUGACAAAUAUGGCCAGAAAUGGGGCCUCUCGGACGGUGACCCGGGGUUAUGUGGAUUUAGGGUCAGUGAGGGAUGUGGCCUCUCAGGAGGCGGUGCUGGGAAGAUGGGGGAGAGGAGUCAGGACGAGGGAAGGGCCUGACCAAAGCGGGGUGGGGAGGGAGGCUCAGAGGAAGGUGAGCCACCUGGCUUUCAGGAUGGCGAGGAGAGAAAGUCUGUCCUGACAGAGGCCCCCUAACAGCUGCCCUGGGCCAGGAUGUUUGUGGGAGGGGAGAUUGCACCGCAAUGCCACCCUCACUCCCUGUGUCUGGAGGUGUGGGGCCAGGGGCUUCUGUGACAGGGGCCAUGAAUGGACCCAGCCAGGAGACCCAGGGGACAAGGGCAUCUGCAGGCCCUGGCAGCUCCAUCCCCCGAUUUCCCGUUCACACCCUUUGCUGUUCUCUACCCGGGACCUGAAGCCCAUGGACCACAAUGGGCUGGCAGACCCCUGUGUCAAGCUGCACCUGCGGCCAGGAGCCAGGAAGGUGAGGGAGUUUCACCCAGGCUUGCCCACCAGCUGUGCCCACCUAUGGGGCCUGGACUGGGCUGGGGGCACCCAGGGAAGCCCACAGCUGCCACUCCCCCUCAGAGCCCAAGCAAGCUGAGGAGACCUCAGCCACUCACCUCCAUGCAGAGCGCCCAGUCUGUCCCACACCCCGGAUGCCUUCCAGCGUUACCUACCUGCUGAUCGGGGGAAACCCCUGGAGAAUUUCCAGGCUGGCAUUUUAUAAGAAGCAUUCUCAGCUGGAGGUUACUAUGAUGUGCAAACAAAGACUGUGGUCAGAUCACACUGGAAAACAUUGUUAAACCAAUUUCUUUACUGUAGGACUUACCAGAGCCUUUAAUGUGCUGAUGGGCUGCUCCUCGACUCUCAGUAAGGGGGAUGAAGUAGGCAGCAUCUGCCCAAUGUAUUUGACCACAGAAUCCUCAUUCCCAUGAGAGAUGGGCCAAGAGGCCGACCCCAAAUGCACUUAAGGCACCAGCACAACAGUGCAUCUAGGAGAGGAGAGAAAAAAAUGCUAUUAAAUAAAAGCAUCAAGGUGACCUUGAGCCAU